UUUCAAUUUCAAAUGCAUUUUAGUUCAUUCAUUUUGUUACCUGUUUGAACGUCUUUGUUAAACCUUUAACUGUUUAACUGUCAAAUAAUAGCAUUUCUCCUCUUUUAAAGUAUAAAUCAAUUGUUUUAGUCUUAAGAGAUGUCUGGGAAUGAGUCGCGAGAGUUUGAUGUCGUGGUCUUCGGGGCGACAGGUUUUACGGGUCAGUUCGUUGUGGAAGAGUUGGCCCGAUCGGCGACACAAGAGUCUAUCAAAUGGGCGAUCAGUGGCCGAAGCGGACCAAAGUUGGCUCAAGUGUUGUCCGUCGCCACCAAAGAGACCGGUAUUGACGUCACAAACAUACCCACCAUUGAAGCCGAUGUCCAAUCGGAGGAGUCGUUGCGGGCGAUGACGGCUCGCACUCGACUCGUGUUGAAUACUGUGGGUCCGUAUCGCUUCUUCGGGGAACAGAUGGUGAAGGCGUGCGUCGAGACAGCCACCAGCCAUCUGGACAUUAGUGGUGAACCCGAUUAUAUGGAGAGAAUGCAAUUGAAUUACAAUAAAGCCGCGCGAGAUAAGGGUAUAUACAUCGCCAGUGCCUGCGGUUGGGACAGUAUUCCCGCCGAAUUGGGCAUUCAGUUCCUGAAGAAGAACUUCAAUGGAGAAGUGAAUGCCGUCGAGACCUACAUGUCUAUCAAAACUGGGCCUCAGGGCGUCCGAACCAACUUCGGCACCUGGCAGUCGGCUGUCAAUGGAUUCGCGGCACAAUCGCAACUGAAACCACUUCGACGCCGACUAUACAGUGAAGUGUUUACUAAACCGCGUCCGCAAUCCAAGUUUAGAUUGAGUCGAAAAAUACUACCGUUCCGUUCGGAGUACGCGAGAGGUUGGUGUCUGCCAUUCCCGGGCGCUGACCGGUCUGUGGUUCAACGCACACAACAGUACCGAUACGAGACACUCAAUGAAAGGCCCGCACAAAUGGAGGCCUACUUUACUGUCCCUAACUUCUUAGCACUGAUGGGUCUGCUGUUCGUG